CAGGAGGGGGGUUAGCAUUAUGAACACACCUGUGUGAAAUUGACGCGUAUUGGAAAUAGACGGGUUUCCAUCCGGACUUUUAAAAAUACUGGAAAGAGGAAGGUUGAUUGACUAACUCCUUCUGAGGAACGGUUCUCAUAUCUCUUCAGGUGCCAGCUUUUUACAAGAGGGAGCCGACGCAAAGAAUUCUCCACUUUUCUGCUAAAGGGAGACCACUUCUCCAUUUCCACCAACGGCUGAAAUUUGCGAAAUUUCCUGGUGGUUGGAUCAGAGGACUCCUCUUCCCCGGCCUCCAUCCCUUCCUUUCCCACCACAUCCUUGCUCCCGGACAGACCAUGCCAUGAUGGGCGGACAUUCUAUUUAAACAGCCAGCAUCGACGGUUCCGAGGUGAAUCUCUUGGCUGGGUGCUAUGCAGACUCUCUGGGUAUUCGCCGUGGCCUGGCUGCUUGCCGGGGAGGCCAGUGCCGGGACAUGGGAUGUCAAGAGCCCAGCAUCCUUCCGCUUGGACAGCAGAGCGCCGCCGCCCGGCAGGAUCCAGGAAUCGGCUCCAGACACGGAUUGCAGGGAGGUCGUGAAACGGAAUCGCUCUGAACGCUGCACCUUUGUCCAGAACAAUCCAGACUGCCAGAUGGACGGCGGGUUUCUCAACUACCUCAAUGGCGUCUAUUGUGUCUUCUCAGCUGCUCUCCAACCUCUGGCAGUGACCCUCUAUGCUCUGUGGCUCCUUUACCUAUUUGUCAUCCUUGGCGUCACAGCUGAGAAAUUCUUCUGCCCUAACUUAUCCGCCAUCUCCACCAAACUGAAGUUAGCCCACAACGUAGCAGGUGUCACUUUUCUGGCCUUCGGGAACGGCGCACCCGAUGUCUUCAGUGCCGUGGUGGCUUUCUCCGACCCCCGGACAGCUGGCCUAGCGGUUGGAGCUCUCUUCGGGGCCGGCAUCUUCGUCACCACCAUCGUCGCAGGGGGCAUCGCCCUGGUGAGGCCUUUCACGGCCGCCUCCAGGCCGUUCCUCAGGGAUGCCGUCUUCUACAUGGUGGCUGUCUUCUUGACCUUCGUGGCACUGUAUUUUGAGGAGGUCACGCUGGCGGAAGCCCUGAGUUAUCUCGGACUCUACAUCUUCUAUGUCCUAACGGUUGUGAUCUCUACGUGGCUCCACAAGCGGCAGCGAAGGGAGAGGCUGGCCCCUCCCAGUCCUGGAGAACCAGAGCUUCCAACGGACUCCGAUGAUGGAGAUGCCUCCAGCGUCAGUGCAGGUGACUACGGAGAAGAAUACCAACCCUUGCUGCCCUCGGAAGAGAGUACACUCCAGAUCUUAACGCACUCCAUGAAUCCCCUGGAUUACAGGAAGUGGAGGAGGAAACCCUGCUACUGGAGGGUGCUCAAGGCCUGCAAGUUGCCGGUGGAGGUCGUGCUGCUGCUGACAGUGCCCAUUGUGGACCCCGACCGGGAGGACCAAAACUGGAAGCGGCCCCUGAACUGCAUCCACCUGGUCACUGCCCCCCUUGUCUGCAUUCUCACACUGAAGUCUGGAGCAUAUGGUCUUUACAAGAUCCAGGGCGUCUUCCCGGUCUGGGGCCUGGUGAUCCUGGGGGGGUCUUUCGUGGCUGUGAUCAUCUUCUGCACUACAAGGAACGAAGAACCCCCCCGGUACCACUAUUUUUUUGCCUUCUUGGGCUUCCUGGUCAGCGCCAUGUGGAUCAACGCCGCGGCCACAGAGGUGGUGAACAUUCUGAGGACAUUGGGUGUGAUCUUCCGUCUGAGCAACACCGUCCUGGGGCUGACGCUGCUGGCUUGGGGGAACAGCAUUGGGGACACUUUCUCUGACCUCACCAUGGCUCGGCAGGGAUAUCCCCGGAUGGCCUUUUCAGCCUGCUUCGGAGGCAUCAUCUUCAAUAUGCUUGUAGGAGUGGGACUUGGCUGCCUGCUGCAGAUUACAAGCAGCAAACUAGUAGUCAGGCUGGAAUCGGAGGGCCUACUGGUGUGGAUCCUGGCCGGGGCACUGGGUCUUAGCCUGGUGUUCUCUUUCGUCUCUGUGCCUGCCCAGUGCUUCCAUCUGAGCCGAGGGUACGGCUGCUGCCUCAUCGCCUACUACCUGGUGUUCCUGACAAUUGCACUGCUGACGGAGUUCAAGGUGAUCCGUCUUUCCUCCUUCUGACGAAAGGGGCCCUGUCAUCUCGGACCUUGUUUACGUUGCCACAGGACAGUGAUGGGGUUGCCAGGCCCCUUUCGAUCAGGCUGCUGAACUUAAAAGACAAUGCCUUGUAACCUACAGGCCGGUAUCACUGGCGAAACAGGCCUGGUGGUUGGAUUUGAUUGUUGCUGCCAAAGGAAGGAAGACCGGCCCAAAUCGGAGCCACCGUGGAGUUGCUGCAGACGUUAAAAGCAUCACAAACUUAGCUGCGUUCAGACCUCUUGUAAUCCAGGGAUUGUUGGGCGAAAUCAAUCCCCAAUCAGUAUUAACUUUUCUAAGGAAAGGUGUCAUAGAGAUGUGGAAUAGUGAAAAGCUUUUUUUUAAAAAAAAAGAUUUAUUUUUCAGGGGGUGAAUUUUACUAGAAGCAGUUUUGAGAUCCUGUCUUAACUAGGCUGAACGUGUUAAGGCGUCGAUCGCCUCUGGUAUGUACUUAAUUCUUCGUUGCUUACGUGCGUCGGCCGUUAUCGUUUUAAGAAGUGACAGCAACCUAAAGCCAAAAGAUCUCCCUUGCGUGAAAAUCAGACGAUUCCCUCUAUUUCUGAUCUUCAUGCGGUGAGUGCCGUUGUUCAUUUAGCCCAGAUGGUUCCAUCCUUGCAAGCGGAAGGUGUCCGCACCCAGCCCACCCCUGCUUAGGGGACCGCAAAGGGGGAAACCAAAAUGGCCCAGUGAGGGCUGAGCGCUCAGGGGCUCAGAAAAGCUGAUGGGAUGGGGUGGGGAGGAAUGGAAAAUGUGGCAGGCGGAACAGAAUGGAGUCCC